AUAUAAAAUUUCGACCUAUGGGAAGUUGCUGGUCGAAAAAGCCGCAUCGACAACUCCACAAUCGAUACCAUGCAUCCAAACGUAAAUCACCCAAGAAGCUCAGUCAAUCCUUCAACUCGGAGCCGAAUAUAGUGAUACUUGGUGCUGGUGCCGCCGGAUUGGCCUGCGCUGUGGCGCUCAAAAAACAGGGAUUUGAGAAGGUACGCAUUGUGGAGAUGUCGGAUCGUAUUGGAGGUCGCAUUAGGACAAUGAGAUUUGGCGAUAACUAUAUCGAUAUGGGUGCUCAGUGGGUAAAUGGUGAGCACGGCAAUGUUGUCUUCCAAAUGGUCAAGGAACUCAAUAUGCUGGACUCAUCGAUGGAUUACUUUGUGCGCUCUGAAUGGAUACGAUCGAAUGGGGACCGAAUGCGACGCUCCUUGGUCGUCAAGUUAAUUAAAGUCAUGCGGCAAAUAUUUAAUAACAGGCAUGCGGAUCUCAUCCAUUAUGAGGGCACUUUUGGCGAGUACCUGGUGGAGAAGUUCGCCGAGGCUCUAUCGACGCCACAGUUCCGCAAUGUUGAUCGUAAACUGGCCGCCGAAUUUCUGCGCACCUUUAAGAAAAUGGAGGGAGCUGCUGUCGAUACGGAUCUGAGUGCAUCCGGAUAUGAUUCAUUCAGUCCCUGUCAAGGGGAUUGCUUUCAGAAUUGGCGGGACGUGGGCUACAAGCAGUUCCUGCGCGUCCUUGUCGAUGGUGAUGAGAUGAAUGAGCAUGGUUUACUCAAGGACUGCAUCGAUUUCAAUACACGCGUUUUGAAAAUCAAUUGGGAUCGCUUCGAUGGCACUGUGCAGAUCUCUUGCGAGAAUGAUAAUCAGUAUUUGGCUGAUCAUGUGGUGGUCACCGUUUCGUUAGGUGUACUCAAGAAAAACACUCGACUCUUUGAGCCAAUUUUGCCAUUGGCCAAAAGAAAGGCAAUCAAUUUUCUCGGCUUUGCGCAAGUUUGUAAAAUAUUUGCCGAAUUCGAUGAACCAUUUUGGGCAGAGAACUGGUGCGGUUUUAAUGCCAUGUGGAGGACGGAUGAUCUGAAUCAACCGCAGCUGGAGUGGUUAUCGGAUAUCUAUAGCAUACAUCCGUAUGCGUAUCAACCUCGGGUACUGCUCGGUUGGGCCGCGGGUCCCAAUACGGAAAUAAUCGAGUCAAUUGACUCGAAACUACUGACACAGGGCAUCAUGUAUAUGCUGAGAAGAUUUCUGCCCAAAAUGAAGAUAACACAGCCUAAGCGAUUGGUGAGCAGCCGAUGGAGUAUAGAUCCCGCCCAUUUGGGGGCAUAUUCCUAUCCAUCCCUGCUGACCAAGAGCUAUAAUACAGGACCCGAUCAAUUGGCCCAACCCGUUAAUCUGCUGGCCUAUGAGCCAACCAAUUCGUCCUAUGUGUCCUUGUUUGACUUGAGACCCAUAUCUGUCCGACCUAUUUUACUGUUUGCUGGCGAGGCGACUAGCUCCAAGCACUACUCGACAGUUCACGGGGCUGUCGAGACGGGACUACGUGAGGCUCGUCGUCUUACCGGCUACUACCAGAAGGAUUUGUAUUAAGGGUUUUAUAAAUAGGUAGAAACGGGCGCAUAAUCAAAUUUAAGAGUUAUAUAUUUCAAUAAAGAGUGUCAAUGGUAACUUUUAA